AUGGCGGACAGCCACGUUUUCCGGAGCUCUCACGUUAUUGCUCUUUUGCUCCUGGGUAUCAUUCUCAGCGCUGGAAGAUUAAGUUUCGAGGACGGGUUUUGCUCCACUGCAACGCCUAAUCUGAAGUUCGGCAUGCAUGGUCAACCUGUGGAAGCGCUAACGGUAUAUUUCAUUCUCGACCCAGCGUGGGACAACUGCCGCCAUGAUUCUAAAGUUUACCGGGUAAAAGGCUAUCUAAGAGCCAGAGUGAGCCGAUAUCCCAACUCAGCUUCAACAUUUCAAAUAUCUCGCUUAAGUAUUAGUGGAGAUAUCGCUGAAAAUCCCGGACCAACCUCGAACAAACAAAGCUGUCCCAAGUGCUCGAGAACCAUCGCUCAAAACCACAGAAUGCUCACAUGCAACACUUGUGAUCUCAAGUACCACAUCAAGUGCGGUAAUGUUAUGCCCAAGGACUUCAAACUAAUUCAGAGGACCGCAGCAAUGAUCUGGAAAUGCCCUGUCUGUUUGCAAGACAUUUCGCUCGAUUUCAACGAGCUUCCUUUUGCUUCUCUGUCAGAAGAAUCUUUUAACUCUACAGUGAGAAAGGAUCCACCUUACAACGAAUCAUCACAAACUGACUCUAACAGUGAUCAAUUGCUUGAAAUUGCUAGAGAAAUUAAUAUCUCACCUAAAGAC